CUAGACACUCAGCCCAAGAUGGAAAGGAAAGUUAGGCCAUAGGAUUUAAUGUCAGUUUAAAAGUGCCCUUUUAGUAAAUUGUACAAGAUUUUGCCUCAAUGUAUAUAUUUUCCCUGACUGUGUUCCAGAGUUUGGCAAAAUUGUGAUUUGGUCCAAUAUACCUCUCUUUUCCUUUCCAGUCUGGAUUUGUAGACGUUUUGUUUCCUUUUUGCUUCUCUUGGAAAGAGAAAUUUUAUGGCUUCAACAGCAGAAACAAGAAGACUCAUAUGAAUCAGUGAAAAACAAAUGUCACCAUGUCUGGAGUCAAGCGAACAAUCAAAGAAACUGACCCUGAUUAUGAGGAUGUAUCUGUGGCCCUUCCAAAUAAACGACAUAAAGCAAUUGAGAAUUCAGCUCGAGAUGCUGCUGUGCAGAAGAUUGAGACUAUUAUCAAGGAACAAUUUGCGCUUGAAAUGAAGAAUAAGGAACAUGAAAUUGAAGUCAUUGACCAGCGACUGAUUGAGGCAAGAAGGAUGAUGGAUAAACUUCGUGCCUGUAUUGUUGCAAACUACUAUGCUUCUGCAGGCCUUCUAAAAGUUACUGAGGGAUCAAAGACAUGUGAUACAAUGGUUUUUAAUCAUCCUGCUAUCAAGAAAUUUUUAGAAUCACCAUCUAGGUCAUCAUCUCCUGCUAAUCAGAGAUCAGAAACACCAUCAGCCAAUCAUUCAGAAAGUGAUUCUCUGUCUCAACACAAUGACUUCUUGUCUGAUAAAGACAAUAGUAGCAGUAUGGAUAUAGAGGAAAGACUCUCAAACAACAUGGAGCAGAGACCUACCCGAAAUACUGGAAGGGACACUUCUAGUAUUACCGGCUCCCAUAAAACAGAGCAGCGGAAUGCUGAUCUCACAGGCGAUGAGACGUCACGACUUUUUGUAAAGAAAACAAUAGUAGUGGGUAAUGUGUCUAAGUAUAUUCCUCCUGAUAAGAGAGAAGAAAAUGACCAGUCGACUCAUAAGUGGAUGGUAUAUGUCCGAGGGUCUCGUAGAGAACCCAGUAUUAAUCAUUUUGUCAAGAAAGUUUGGUUCUUUCUUCAUCCCAGCUAUAAACCAAAUGACCUUGUAGAAGUUAGAGAGCCACCUUUUCACCUGACCAGAAGAGGCUGGGGUGAGUUUCCUGUCAGAGUUCAAGUUCACUUUAAGGACAGCCAGAACAAGCGGAUAGAUAUCAUACAUAACCUGAAGCUGGAUAGAACUUACACUGGCUUGCAAACUCUUGGAGCAGAAACGGUAGUGGAUGUUGAGCUCCACCGGCAUUCUCUUGGAGAAGACUCCGUUUAUCCUCAGUCCUCUGAGUCAGACAUUUCUGAUGCCCCGCCAUCUUUGCCUUUAACCAUUCCAGCACCAGUGAAAGCCUCCUCACCAAUAAAGCAGUCACAUGAGCCAGUACCUGAUACCUCUGUAGAGAAAGCAGGAUUCCCAGCCAACACUGAAGUUGAGAGACAUACUACAUUUUAUUCAUUACCAUCUUCAUUGGAAAGAACACCCACCAAAAUAACAGCAUCCCAGAAAGUUACCUUUUGUUCUCAUGGCAAUUCAGCUUUUCAGCCAAUAGCAUCAAGCUGCAAAAUUGUGCCACAAAGUCAGGUUCCUAAUCCCGAGUCACCUGGAAAGUCCUUCCAGCCUAUCACCAUGAGCUGCAAGAUUGUUUCAGGUUCCCCUAUAUCAACUCCAAGUCCAUCACCAUUGCCUCGAACCCCAACUUCCACCCCAGUCCAUGUGAAGCAAGCCACUACCAGCUCCGUUAUUAAUAAUCCUUAUGUCAUUAUGGACAAGCCUGGACAGGUUAUUGGCGCUACUGCUCCCACUACAGGAAGUCCUACAAACAAACUCUCCACUGCCUCUCAGGCCUCCCAAGGAACGGGUUCCCCUAUUCCUAAAAUUCAUGGAAGUAGUUUUGUAACAUCUACUGUCAAGCAGGAGGAUUCUCUGUUUGCAUCUAUGCCACCUCUUUGCCCAAUUGGGAGUCAUCCUAAGGUUCAGAGUCCCAAACCUAUAACUGGAGGACUUGGAGCUUUCACAAAAGUAAUCAUCAAACAGGAGCCUGGCGAAACUUCUCACAUACCCACAACAGGAGCUGCCAGCCAGUCACCACUCCCUCAGUAUGUGGCUGUAAAAGGAGGUCACAUGAUAGCUGUAUCCCCUCAAAAACAGGUCAUAACUGCUGGAGAAGGAACUGCCCAGUCACCAAAGAUUCAGCCAUCUAAGGUUGUUGGUGUGCCAGUUGGGUCUACAUUACCUUCGACAGUGAAACAGGCUGUGGCAAUCAGUGGGGGCCAAAUCCUUGUAGCCAAGGCCAGCUCUUCUGUCGCCAAAGCAGUUGGUCCAAAGCAAGUUGUGACCCAAGGAGUUGCCAAAGCAAUUGUGAGUGGAGGUGGAGGAACCAUUGUUGCUCAGCCCGUGCAGACCUUAACCAAGGCUCAGGUCACUGCUGCUGGCCCUCAGAAGAGUGGAUCCCAGGGCUCAGUAAUGGCAACAUUACAGCUACCAGCCACUAAUUUGGCCAACUUGGCAAACUUGCCUCCUGGCACUAAACUCUACCUUACAACAAACAGCAAGAACCCUUCAGGAAAAGGCAAACUGCUGCUGAUCCCUCAAGGAGCCAUCCUGCGAGCUACCAACAAUGCCAACCUCCAGUCUGGCUCUGCUGCCAGUGGAGGGGGUGGCAGUGGAGGCAGUGCUGGCAGUGGCAGCGGCAGCAGUGGUGGAGGAGGAGCGGCAGCAGGAACAGCAGCAGGAGGCACCCAAAGCCCUGCGGGCCCUGGAGGAAUAUCCCAGCACCUGACAUACACCUCUUACAUCCUCAAACAAACUCCUCAGGGCACAUUUUUAGUUGGCCAGCCAUCACCCCAGGCAUCUGGAAAACAACUGACUACUGGGUCAGUCGUCCAAGGAACGCUGGGAGUCAGCACAUCUUCUGCACAAGGACAGCAAACAUUGAAAGUUAUCUCUGGACAAAAAACCACUUUGUUUACACAGGCAGCCCCUGGGGGACAGGCGUCUCUAAUGAAAAUAUCUGAUAACACAUUGAAGUCUGUGCCAGCCACCUCACAACUCUCAAAGCCUGGAACCACAAUGCUGAGAGUGGCAGGAGGGGUUAUCACAACUUCCACUUCACCAGCUGUGGCCCUCUCAGCAAAUGGUCCUGCACAACAGUCAGAAGGAGCAGCUCCCAGUUCAUCAUCUACUAUGGGGUCUGUAAUGAAAACUUCUGGGCAGCAACAAGUGUGUGUGACCCAGGCCACCAUGGGAACCUGCAAAGCUCCCACCCCCUCUGUCAUCAGUGCCACAUCACUGGUGCCCACACCAGGCCCCAUCUCUGGGAAAGCCACAGUAUCAGGAUUGUUAAAGAUUCACUCCAGUCAGUCCAACCCCCAGCAGGCUGUCCUGACGAUCCCCAGCCAGCUCAAGCCACUCAGUGUAAAUACAUCUGGAGGUGUGCAGACAAUACUGAUGCCUGUGAAUAAGGUGGUUCAGUCAUUUUCUACCAACAAAUCACCUACCAUUCUGCCUGUGGCUACGCCAGCUCCAGUUGUCCCCAGCUCUGCUCCAGCAGCUGUUGCAAAAGUGAAGACUGAACCAGAAGCUCCUGGGCCAAGCUGCCUCUCUCAGGAGGGUCAGACAGCAGUGAAAACAGAAGAAAGUUCUGAGCUGGGAAACUAUGUCAUUAAGAUAGACCAUUUAGAGACUAUCCAACAGCUCUUAACUGCAGUAGUAAAGAAGAUCCCGUUAAUCACAGCACAAAGUAUAGACGCCAGCUGUUUUUCUGCAAAGUCUGUGGAGCAAUAUUAUGGCUGGAACAUUGGAAAAAGGAGAGCUGCUGAGUGGCAAAGAGCAAUGACAAUGAGGAAAGUCUUACAAGAAAUACUGGAGAAGAAUCCACGAUUUCACCACCUGACUCCCCUUAAAACUAAGCACAUUGCUCACUGGUGUCGCUGCCAUGGCUACACGCCCCCUGAUCCUGAGAGCCUGAGGAGCGACGGGGACUCAAUUGAGGAUGUACUGACCCAGAUUGACAGCGAGCCGGAGUGCCCGUCGUCGUUCUCCUCUGCUGACAACCUCUGCCGGAAGCUGGAGGACCUGCAGCAGUUUCAGAAAAGAGAGCCGGAGACUGAGGAGGAGGUGGAUAUCCUCAACCUCUCAGAGCCAUUAAAGAUAAGCAUCAAAAAAGAACAGGAGGAGAAACAGGAAGAAAUGAAAUUCUACCUGCCACCAACCCCAGGGUCUGAAUUUAUUGGUGACGUCACACAAAAGAUUGGCAUCACCCUGCAACCAGUGGCACUUCACAAGAAUGUGUAUGCGUCAGUGGUGGAGGACAUGAUUUUAAAGGCUACGGAGCAGCUGGUGAAUGACAUCCUGAGACAGGCGCUGGCAGUUGGAUACCAGACAGCACCUCACAACAGGAUUCCUAAGGAAAUUACAGUGAGUAAUAUUCACCAGGCCAUUUGCAACAUUCCUUUUCUGGACUUCCUCACAAACAAACACAUGGGGAUAUUGAAUGAGGACCAGUGAAUGGAAUGAAGAUGCCCCUAGAGAAGCAAGAUUUGAUGUUGUAUCUGAAGCCUUGAACUAUGACAGCUCCUGUUUGGAGAAGGAGGUUGUUUUGUGUGCCUCAGAAUGUCAUGGCUACCAAGUCAUUGCCUCCACUUAAUUCAGUGUUUAGUCCAGAUCAAAGCCCUUUAGGACAGAAGUAUCUUGCCCGAUGAUAGAGUGAAGCUGUGAAUGGGUGCAUGUGCUCUCGGCUUGCAUUUACUUGCCCGCUGUGAAGGCCCCACAAGAGGGUCUCAGAGUUGAGUUGACCAGGCUGUGUAUCCUCCUCUCUUGAGUGUGCCCAAGGGGGCACCAGGGACCUAGCCUCCAGGAGGCAGAAAAUGAGACCAGCAGCUUUUUGAGAUUCUGCCCAUUUGUGGGCUAGGCUUACCCAAUAGUUACCCACUAGCAUGUGGAGGGGGAUUGGGCCUCAGCACUCGGCAGGUACCAUGGUGUGGAAGAGCCACACUCAGCUCUUGAGGCAGUGAGGCAGCUACGGGAAGUGGUGAUGCUGUGCAGAACAUCACAGAGGCCUGGGAGGCUGCAAACCGAGCGGAGAUCUGAGCACAGGGACAUACUGCAGCCAGUGUCAGAGGAUUGUCAAAGGAUAGACAGAUCCCAGCGUAGGUCAGAAAACUUUGUCUACAGCCAAGAAGCUCUUCAUGUGUUAGUAACAGGCAGCCUUCACAAAGCCCUGGCACUUGGCAGGCUUAGCAGCUUACUUCGUGUGCUUGCUGGGCAGAGCUGGGUCUGCACCGUCGCAUGGUCUGCAGGAACUUCUGCUGAAUCCAUGCUGAGUGGCCAUUGGGGAGCAGCCUCUGGGACAGGCUCUGCUGGGAUUAUUUGUCCCACCAGUGGACUUAGUGUCCUGUUCUUUGUCAAGUUUUUCCCAAGAAAAGUGUUUCAAAGAAACACUUGUGAGUGCCUUAAAGGUAGAGAGAUAACUGCUGAAGCCAAGAGACAGGGAUGUCGGUGCUCAGAAGCAAUGACAGUGACAGUGGAUUGUGUUCAUAACCAGAGACCCUCUCCGUGGGAAGGAGAAGUGAAUAAACACAGGAUGGUUAGCAGUGCCCAUGUGAUGUCCAAUUUCAUUAAAGAUACUCUGUACCAAGUCUCAUAACAUAGUCUGUGUGGAAGAAAGAAGACACACUCAGUUAGGAAUCUGCUCAAAGAAACUUUGAAACCUAUGAGUCAUAGAGAAACUUAUCCAAGCAGCAUAAUUCAUGUUCUUUACGUGUCCUUCAGAAGUUUGAGUCAGGAAAAGUAGUCAGGGAGGUGAUAUGAGAAAUCUGCCUUUUCUUUAUUCAGCAUCUGUGGGUUGCAAACACAGAAGAAAGUAUUUGGUAAGGCGUAGGGCAUGCCCUGGCUUUGUAGUAAAACCAUAUCGUAUGCAAAGGCUCAGAUAUUCUAGAUGGAACUUCUGCAAGCGAGGUUAAUAGUGUAUAGAUUCAUUCAGCAGUGGACUGUGACAGAUCUACAGGAUGGAAGAUUCAGUCCAAGUGACAACAGAUUCACUUAUUUACAGGUAUGAACGCUUAAAAGAAAUUAUCUUUUUGCAAAAGAAAUAUUAAAUGAUUUAACAAUCCCCAUAUGUGUUAAUGUUUCAGAUGUAUUUGUAUCAUAAUGUGUAACAUAACUGUGUAACAAAAAUAUCUACAAUAAACCUUUUAGUAUUUGUGAUGUGUUUUGCAGACUUUGAAGCACCACACUCUGGUGGGGUUCCUCAUUAGGCCAAAAAGAACUGGCAUGGGACAAAGGCAUA